GCGGUGAGGGUCGAGCGACGAGAAGGGCAACCGCGCUCCACGUCGGCCGCUCCGAGCGGUUUAGUCGUGAGUCGAGUCUCACCGUGUCAACGUGUGAGGAUUUAUCACACACGUUCGCUGUACAACUGUAACGCGAGUAGUUUUCUUUCUUUUUUCUUGUUUUCGACGGCGAGACGUCUAGACGGACGCCGAUGGUCACACGGGGUGCUACGCUAUUCUUUUUCCCUUCCUCCCUCCCCCCAGUCCAGUUUGGUGCUUUUGUGAAAGAGGGUGCGUGAAAUCGCGCGCACGAAUAAGUGCCGCUCGUCCAGCCGAACGGCCAGCCUGGUGCAUGGCUUCGCGUCCGAGAAUGAUACCGUUGUUUUACCGCUGUGACGGAUAUAAGGGGGAAAAAGUGCUGUGACGGAUCGCGCAUUUGGAUAGCGAUCGAUGAGCCGACAAGUGUGAUAUAGAAAAGUGGUGCUUUCGUCGAAUAUAGAACCGACGGCGCGAGCGAGGAUCUCUCGACCGCGAAAGAUGCUGACGUCCAGCGCGAAUCAGUAUCUCCGUCCUGAUCAUUACCUCACGCCGCUGCCUACUACGCUAGAUGCGAAGAAAAGUCCGCUCGCACUACUCGCACAGACUUGCAGUCAGAUAGGAGCGGACCCACCGUCCAGCAAAUCGUUAUUAAGUUCCUUGGACAAGACAUCGAGUAACAGAUCAUCCAAAACUACGGAGCAGUCUCGUGAGAAAUCCUCGCCGACGAUAACGGUGUCGGCCACGCUGCCGACGCCGACAAGCGAAUCCACGAAGACCAGUUUCAAACCGUACGAAUCCUGCCUGGGACGUGAGAAAGCGUGCACGCCGGACGAGUCGCGAUCGACGUCGAGCCACUCGACAUCCGGACGAUCGAGAACACCCGGCAAUAGCGGCAAACGAUGCUCGAGCAAUCAGAGUGCCGCGUCGACGCGCGCAGUCACGCCGCAAGGUAGGAAAACGGCAACACCAAAUGGCGAAAUAGCGCGGGACUCGCCGGCUUCGAGAAGUUCGGCGCCUUUAGUGCCAUCGAGCACAGCGGACGCUACCACGAGUCAACCAACCGUGAGCAGCCCCUCGUUACAAGUCAAACCCGCCUACAGUCCCGUCAGCGUGCUCGCUAUGGCCGAUCCAUCUAUCAAGGAUCUCCCAUUGGGCACGUUCAAGCCCGGCGUCAGUCUACCAGCCUCCACCGCCGCCUACUUGGGCUACAGCCCCGGUCAACUGCCCAUCGACGUGAUGGCCAAUUCACUCAUGUCUCAUCACGCCGCUCUGAAGAACGGUAUCAAUCCCUAUCUUUACGCGCGAUUGAAAACCACCGGCGGACCCGCGGACACCCUGAUGCCAAUAUGCCGCGAUCCCUUCUGCACCGGCUGCCAACUGAACUCGCACCUACUGUCGAGCCCUGCAACGGCCGCGGCGGCGGCGGCGGCGGUGGCCAACAUCGCCAAUGGCAAAUUGCCAUCGGGCACAAGCGCGACACCGGGUUCCUGUCCGGCUGGGUGCGCUCAAUGUGAUCACAAACCCGGCAGCGUUUCGCCCUACGGGCCGCUCGGCGCGGUUUACGCGCACGCGCAGCUAGCCGCGUUAGCCGCGGGCACGCAACUGCCCUAUGUGUGUAACUGGAUGUCGGGCGAUACCGCGUUUUGCGGAAAGAGAUUCGGCACGUCCGAGGAACUGCUGCAACAUCUCCGAAGUCAUACGAACGUGUCGGCGAGCAGUGCGACCGAUCCCACGAGCGCGGCGGCGGCCGCGCUGUCCCUGCUCCCUGGACCACCCCCGGCGCUGCAUCCGACUCAUCCUCUGUUCGCGAGGUCUUACCCUACGCCGCCCUUGAGCCCGCUCGCCACCGCGCGCUAUCAUCCCUACGGAAAGCCCUCGCCGCUCUUAGCACCAUCUCUGUCGACGCUCGGCCUGCCGCUUCCGCCGCCGCCGCCGCCGCCGCCACCGCAUCCUCACGCGACUGCCGGACUGGCGUAUUUCUCGCCGUAUUCCAUCUACGGGUCUCGUCUAGGCGCCACUUCCGGAAUGCAUCAGUGAGUUGUCGGCAACGAACAUUCUCCUGAGUCUGAGUUGUAGCUCGCGAGAUAAAUCGAACCGACCAACUGUGAUUCUACUACGGAUUCGAGUACGUGAACGAAAAGCAUCAAUUUUAUUAUAUGCGAUGCUUUUGUCACAGAGCCUCGUAAGGAAACUGAAGUCAUAGAAACGGAUACCAGAGCGGUAGGAAUGUUUUUCUCGAUUAUUACGUGAUAGUACACUCGAUGCGUCUUCCGCAAGCUGUAUGCUAAGAUGUUUUUUACUUUAUAAUUGAAAAUUUAACAUAGAAGAUUCGAAAGUAAUAUGCAUAUGAAACAUUCUCUAAUUAUCCUUAGGUGCAAAUUGUUACUGUUUCGAUAGCAAACAGAUUUGGUAUAUUUUAUAGAUAUUAAAACACUCUACUAAUUCUUUUUUUUUUUUAAAUAGAUCUUGAUGGAUACUCACAAAUUGUAUUCAAAUGUUCUACUCUGCGAGUACUAUUUUCGAUAAGAAGUAAUAUACUAUGUCUGUAUGUUUUAUUCUCAAAAAGAUAAAAUAUCGUCGUUAUUGCGAAUGCCUACCUCAGCAGGAGUAAUGAUUCAACCUUAAUGUUGCAUUUGAAAUACCUUUGGGACGAUUAACCCUCAUUCAGUAAUAUUAGAUAAUAAUGUGUGAAGAAUAACGAGAAAUUUUAUGAAAUUAUAAUUUUUUAAAUCAA